AAGGAAAAAAAAAUUAAUUAUUUUAAUAAUCGCAAUCUUUGGCGCUGUCGUGUUAUUGAUUCUUGGUGCAAUGUUCAUACUUUUGCUACGAAGAAAAGGUCUAAAGAGACUAGGGGCCAAGAAGACGGGACACAGGAAAAAUACUAAUUCUCUAUUAUUUGAACUAAGUGAACUUAGAAACGCCACAAAUAAUUUCUCGGAGAAAAAUAAGCUGGGAGAAGGUGGAUUUGGGCGAGUAUACAAGGGACUGCUCGGAAAUGGGCAGCAAAUAGCAGUGAAAAGGCUAUCUGGAACAUCAAGGCAAGGACUCGUAGAAAUGAAAAACGAGGUGCUUUUUGUGGCUAAGCUUCAGCACGGGAAUCUUGUAAGAUUGCUGGGUUGUUGUCUGGAAGAGAACGAGAAGCUUCUAGUUUAUGAGUAUCUCACUAACACCAGCCUUGAUAAAUUCUUAUUUGAUCCUGCAAAAAAAAGGUUUCUGGACUGGGAAACAAGAUUUAAGAUCAUCGAAGGAAUCGGGCGGGGCCUUCUUUAUCUACAUGAAGAUUCACGGCUUAGAAUCAUACACCGAGACCUAAAAGCAAAUAGCAUUUUAUUAGACGCGAACAUGAAUCCUAAAAUUUCAGACUUUGGCCUGGCCAAAAUCCUUUCCAUUGAUGAAACUCAAAGAAACACAAAUCAAAUUGCUGGCACAUAUGGGUAUAUGGCGCCAGAAUAUGCAUUACACGGCCUCUUCUCAACAAAAUCUGAUGUAUUCAGCUUCGGGGUGCUAAUACUAGAGAUCAUAACUGGAAGAAAAAAUAGCUGUUUCCAAGGUUCAGAUCAUGCAAUGGACCUUCUUAGCUAUGUUUGGCAAUAUUAUAAGAAAGGAAUGGCAAUAAAAGUUGUUGAUCGGAGUUUAUGUGAUAAAUUCCAAACACAAGAGGUAUUGAAAUGCGUACAGAUUGGGUUGCUUUGCGUGCAAGAUGACCAACUUCUGAGACCAAAUGUGGCUUCAUUGACUCUGAUGCUUAGCAGCCACUCUGUAAUGUUUCCAGCCCUGACGAAGCCCGCCUUCAACGGUGAUGAGAGCAUUUGCAGUGAAGAUUUUUCAAUCUCGAGCAAAGAUCUUAAUUCAACAAAGCUUGAUGAGCAGAUGGAUGGUGCUUCGAGUGAUGAGUCAUGGAAGAAAGAUAAUCAUGCAGGGUCUUCUAGAAGGAAGAAAAGGUUGAAGCAGAGGUAUGGCAAUUAUACGCCGCCUUGGGUUUCUGUUAACGAUGUUACCUUACCUGAAAUGGAAGUUCGAUAGACAUUUUCUAUCCAAAUUAACUGUUAGGAAAAUACUUAAUUUUUAUGCCAAAAAAAGUGAAGAAAAUGAUAAAAAGGGUAUUUACAUACAUACCACCAAUUCCAAUGUAUUUACAUAUCUAACACCUAAGCUUUGCUUUUUACAUUAUUGCCUCCACAAAUAUUUUAUGUCAGUACAUCGAAAAUAUGAUUGCACGAAUCUCGAGAGGGAUCAUGUGAAGAAGGAAAUAAAGGAUCAAGCCAUCUGGUGACAUUUCGGUCCAUCGAAUCAUGGGCUUACCGGAUGAACAUUGGUUCGAGCUAAAGAAUGUCACACACGACAACGUAACUGAUGCAAGGGCAUUCACAAGGUCAACGAUCGCUUAGCAGAACUCUCACCUGACAUUCUAUGAAGAUUUAUGGCCCAAAUGAAGGAUUUCUGUCAGAUAAUGGUGACGCAUCCUGUCUGUUGAAGUAUUCUUUCUUGAGGACAAUGAGACUUCACGACGGAUCCUCACAAAAAAGUCGAUCGAGGAUUUGUCAGCCCACCGAGCGAUUUUAACCGACCGAGCAAAGACCAAAUGAUCAGACAGAGCAGUUAUGAAUAUAAAACGGUACCAGGGGCAGUUAAAGAUAUGAAACGACGUCAAUAACAGUUACCAGGGUUAAAACAUGCCAAAGUUGGUUAGAAAUAUGUAAAAGUGUAAUGACCUCAUAAUUGUAUUGUAAAGUUUCCAUUAAGUG